AUGGAAGCUAAAUGGAUGUGCAUUCUGACAGUACAAACUGGCAUAGGAAAAGAGUGCGGGAACGAUAUCAAAAGAUGUGUCACGAUUCUGCUGAAAAACCUCAUGGUUGAACUGCCAAACGAAGAAGAGAAGCUCAAAACAGGCUUUACAAAGUGUGGCAUUUAUCCCUUUGACAAAACACCUGUACUCAACCGUUUGCCACAAGAAUCACUCAAUGAGAACCUCGACAAUUCUGUGUUUGGAGCGUUUACAGAACAUCUGAAACAUCUUCGCAAUGUGGACAAUGACGGGCCAGCCAGGAAGAUGAGAAGGAAAAAGCUUGAUAUAGUUCCUGGGAGGAGCAUUGUUGUCCCCAAAGAUCAAGAAUCUGUAGCAGAGGCAGUUGCAGGAAGGGCAGAGCCAGAAACUGUGGAGGUGGCAAAUGUGUCAGACGUUCCAUCGGAUGAAGAGCUGAACCUGUCCAGUGAAGACGAGUGGACACCCGUGUCACUCGGAACUUGCAACCAACUGUAUCAGGCGUGCUCGACCGCGGACAACCUCCCUACUGGGAAGCACAGCGUGAAGGGUGUGGGGAAAAUGUCACCCGAUGAGCGCACUUGGAUAAACAUGGACGAUGGGCUCGUGAUCCCGGUUGGUAAGAUGAUCAGCAUGGAAGGUACUCUCGAUUCGAACCUACUGGCACUGCAAUUCAACGAAUAUGUCGUCUACGACCCCAGUCAAGUCCGGUUACGCUAUUUGCUAAAGAUUAAAUUCAACUUUUGUUGA